AUGGGCCCGCCGGCUCUGGGGCGGCUCCAGCUGCUGCUGCAACUGCUCGUCUGGCUCAGCCCGGGGGGGCCGGCCGAUGGGCUCUUUGUCACUGACUAUUUCACCCGGACACCCCGCAAGCUGAAUGCCUUCCGAUCCUUCCCCAGCAUCGAGCUUUUCCAUUUCCGCAUCCCUGAGGACACGAUCGUGGCCGUCUGGAAUCUCAUCACCUUCAAAGAGCAGGGUGGUACCUUUGGAGACCAGUGCCCAGACCGAAGCAUCACUGUGUAUUUCCGCUCAGGGGCCCCCCCAGUCAUUAACCCCUUGCACACCCACUUCCCCAGGGACACGGCCGUGCCGGGCUCCUUUGCCCUCACUCUCACCUGGACCCUGCCCAACAGGACCACGGGGGUCUUCAACAUCUCCAGCCCCCUGCCUGGGGACUGGUUCCUGGCUGCCCACCUGCCCAGAGAGCAGGGCAAGAUUUCUGUCAAGGGCCUUGCGGAGGACUGCCAGUACCUCUUCCAGCCGCAGCUGAUUGUCCAGCGCCUGGUGGGCCUUGGGGUGCUCUACCCCGGCUAUGUGACCGAACACCUGCUGACCCCCCACAACAGGUCCCUGCUCUACAAGGUCUUCAUCCCCAGCUACACCUCCCGCAUCGUGGUGCAGCUGCGGAGCUGCCACGGGGCCAACCAGAGCGGGGAGGGCUGCCCGCUGUGGCUGAAAGUGCGGGGAAAGGCCCCCCCUCUGCACAACUCCACCGCAGUCGACUGCCGGGAGCGGUCGCCCUGCCGCCUGGCCCUGGACCUCCCCUUCUGGCAGACUUGGCACUACGUCCUGGUUGAGAAGGAGCUCGGCGCGGCUGGCAGCAUCCAGUUCCAGCUGGUUGUGCAGCUGAAGGACUGCUCCCGGACAGGCCUGAGCCGGGCCCUUUUCCAGCUGCCCGGCUCCAACCUGAACAUGCCGCACUCCUUUGGCUCCGCAGGGGGAGCCCCAGCCAUGACAGACAGCCUGCCCCCCUCCCCUCUGAACAGCUCCUCGGCCCCCACAGCCCCUCCCCCGGCCAGCGAGCGCUGCUGGCCCAUCCGGCCCACCCUCCGCAACGAGCUGGACACCUUCUCGGUCCACUUCUACAUCUUCUUCGGACCCAACGUCUCGGUACCUCCCGACCGGCCGGCCACCUUUGCCAUCGGCCUCCUGCCAGUGCUGGACAGCGGAAGCACCCUCAACCUGGAGCUCCGGCUCAACGUGUCCUCUCUGCGGGGGGAGAAUGCCACCGUCUUCGCUUGCUUGAACCACGAGGUCCCUCUGGCUCUGGAAGAGAACUCCUCUGUCAGCUGUGAGACAGAGCUGCUGGCUGGGUUCCUUCUGUCCAUCAAUGCCACGGCCCCCCUUACCCGACUGCGGAUCCCCUACCCCCAGACUGGGAGUUGGUACCUGAGCCUGCGCUCGCUGUGCACCUCUGACCGUGGGCUGGAGCCCUGUGGGAACGUGACGGCCGAGGUGUACCUGCGGACUUACCUCUCGCCCUGCAUCGACGAGUGUGGCUCCUACGGGCAGUGCAAGCUACUGCGCACCAACAACUACCUGUACGCUGCCUGCGAGUGCAAAGCGGGUUGGAACGGCUGGGGCUGCACCGACAACGCUGCGGCCUUCUCCUACGGGUUCCAGCUGCUCUCCACGCUGCUCCUCUGCCUGAGCAACCUCAUGUUCCUCCCGCCGGUGGUCAUUGCCGUGCGGAGCAACUACCUCCUGGAAGCGGCCGUCUACAUCUUCACCAUGUUCUUCUCCACGUUCUAUCAUGCCUGUGACCAGCCGGGCAUUGUGGUCUUCUGCAUCAUGGACUACGACGUGCUGCAGUUCUGCGACUUCCUGGGCUCCCUGAUGUCUGUCUGGGUCACCGUGAUCGCCAUGGCCCGACUCCAGCCGGUGAUCAAGCAGGUGCUGUACCUGUUGGGUGCCAUGCUGCUCUCCAUGGCGCUGCAGCUGGAUCGACACGGCCUCUGGAACUUGCUGGGACCCAGCCUCUUUGCCUUGGGGAUCAUGGCCGUCGCCUGGACGGCCCGGAGCAUCCGCCGGAGACGCUGCUACCCACCCACCUGGCAGCGCUGGACGUUCUACCUGCUGCCCGGCGCGCUGAUCGCCGCCUCGGCCGUGCUGCUCUACGCCUUCGUGGAGACGGAGGAGAACUACUUCUACAUCCACAGCAUCUGGCACAUGCUCAUCGCCGGCAGCGUGGGCUUCUUGCUGCCCCCCCAGGCCAAGGCCGAGGACGCCCCUUUCGCCGGCCCCCUGCCCCGCCGGAAGGGCUGCGGCUACCAGCUCUGCAUCAACGAGCAGGAGGAGCUGGGACUGGUGGACCCGGGCGCCACGGCCUCCGUCACCAGCGUCUGCACCAGCUGAUGGGGGCUCAGG